AUGGACCUUGGCAUGCUGGGAAUUCAGGAAAAUCGUCCUUCCCCACAGAGUAGGGAGAAUGUGGAAAACAGUCCUAAAGGGAGUAGCUCAGGAGUGAGCUGCUCUAAUCGACGCUCUGCGAUUCCGACUCCAAGAGAUUCAACAACACCUGGUAAAGAUAAACCUGUCCGAGAGCGGUUCCGUAUACCUCCUGGCAAGAAGGCAGCUGCUUCAGUCGGCUGUGACACUGCGGCUCCAACACGACCACUUCCAACAGCUUUAAGAAUCAGAACCCAGGGUGAAGAAAGUGUUCAAGUUCGGCUCGAGACUCAGAUUAAAGAACUGUUGGCAGAAGCCAAGACUAAAGAUUUUGAAAUCAGUAAAUUAAGAUGUGAGCUGAACCAUCAACAAAAUAAACAUGAAAAGAAUGAUCUGGAAGAGUUGUCGGGGUUUCCUGGCAAAGUUGAAUCACAAAUAAAAACGCUGGAACAAAAAAUCCAGAUUCUCCAAAAUGAGCUCGAGGAGACGCGGGCAGAGAAACAGAUCUUACAGGAACAGCUCCUCACCCUGGAGCACCACAGAGAAGGUGUCCAGUCUGUGACCGAGGGUAACUCGCUGAGUUUAGAAGUCUCCCUCUAUAGUGAUCCCAGCAGCAGCCUCUGUACCCCAUCGUCGUUGGAAAGUACCAGGAAUCAAACUAGAGAAUCAUUCGAUAACACCCUCCUGGCUAUCAAUGGGGGGAGAUCUCUCAGCUCAUUCCCCAACAUGAGCAGUGUGACCCCCUCUCCAGAUUCAAAAGACCGUAACAGAGUUUUUAACCCCUCUCUCAUUAGCACUAAUAGUGUUGAAGGCAAUAUCAGCUCCAGUGAGGAACCUCUGAAGUGCACUGGCUCAGUGUCAGUAGAUUGCCUUGCUGAAAAGCUGCUUCAGAUGGAAGAGAAACAGCAUUGUACAGCAGAAGAGCUACAGGCGACCCUACAGGAACUAUCUGACCAGCAACAGCUUGUUCAGGAACUGACAGCUGAAAACGAGAAACUGCUAGAAGAGAAAGCCAAUCUGGAAAGUUCCUUCCAGCUCCAGCAGGAGAGGCUCCAGCAGCUGAUCAGAGAGAAGGAGGAACCGGUGAGCCCAUUGCAGGAGAGUCUGCAAGUGAACAGAGGGACAGAGCUGGCUGAUAGUGUGCAGCCACAUGAGGGGAAAUUGUUUACAACACAACAGUCAGUCAGUAAUUACCGGACUUUGCAGGAGAAGCCAGGAACUGAAGUCCAGCUGGAAAGUCUCCGAUAUGAGGUCAGAACGCUACAGAAACUGCUGAAAGCAGAGCAGGAACAUAAUGCUUCACUCACAGGUUCACUGGCUGAGAGCCAGACUAAAAAUACUGGGCUGAGAAAUCAGCUGAAGAAACACAAACUACUGGAGCUGGAUAAAGAUGCAGCUGUAAAUGUCAAGCUGGCUCAGUCUGACAGAGAGCAAGUGGAACGUGCAGCACUGAGCCACAACUCGCUACAAGCAACCAAUGCAGGCACUCACCUGCACAACCCCUCAGCAAAGGCGCAGUCUGAACAGGACAUAUCACAGCUUGAGGAACCGUGUCUCCCUGCAGACAAGCUACAGGGUGAGACAAGAAACAGAGAAUCAGAAAUCAAAGACAUGAAAGAAACCAUCUUCGAACUGCAGGACCACGUGGAGCAACUUCAAGCAGUCCAAUUGCAUAACAACAAGACCAUCCUGGACCUUGAAGGGAAAGUGAUGACUUUAGAACAGCAGAAACGGGAAUUGGAGAAGCAACUUAAGAUGUCUAACAAAAAAAUGAAGGAGGAGGCUGAGGAGUGGCAUCACUUUCAGGCAGACCUGCAGACGGCUGUGGUGGUGGCUAACGAAAUCAAGUGUGAGGCACAGCAGGAGAUCCACGUUCUCAAGAGGAAGCUGCAGGAGGCAGAGCAGGGAAUGGAGUUACUGCAGCAGGAGCUGGAGGACCUGAGGGGUAACAGGUCUGAUCCUUCCCAAGUGUGAAGCAAAUCUGAGCCGGUGACCGAGACCCAGGAGCAGCUCCUGGAUUAGGGACCGGAGCUCAGGAGAAAUUUCUGAAACUCCGAGUCCGGCUACCUGGACACUGGCCACAAGUUUCGUUAAGACUGUUGGAAGGGGUAUCCCAGGAACCAGAGCCCUGUCUGUGUGAACAUGGAUCUUUCACAGUGGGCUGUUGUGAUCUGGAAUGCGCUGCCAGAAAGGGUGGUGGAAACAGAUUCAAUAGUAACUUACAAAUGGACAGCAGAUAAACACUCAAAGGAAAAAUAUGCAGGGUUCCAGAGCAUGAUGGAGGGUGCAGACCUAAUUAAACAGAUGUUCAGAGAGCUAACUUGGGCACAAUGGGCUGAAUGUCAUCCUCUUAUGCCUUUUGAUCUUAUAAUAAAUUAAGAGGUGGACCUGAUCUCAGCAGCUUCACUUCAUCCCUCAAUCCUC